AACACCUGCUCUCCCUGUGGCACAGCCACAAACAAAGCUGCCAUGGCCAACGUGCUGCCUGCCUGCCUGCUCCUGGCCCUGCUGCUCCUGGCCCCAGCCCUGGGGGCUCAGCAGGAGAAGGGUCUCAUCAUCAACUUGGAGAUCGGGGAGCUGUGCCUGCAGAGCGUCCAGUGCAAGAGCGGCUGCUGCCACCGCGCCAACGGCCUCAGCCUGGCCCGAUGUGCUUCAAAGGCAGCUGAGUUCCAGGAGUGCUCCCCAAAGAGCAUCUAUGGAGUUUACUACAAGUGUCCCUGUGAGAGAGGCUUGACCUGUGAUGCUGAUAAAACCAUCGUGGGCUCCAUCACCAACAGCAACUUCGGUGUCUGCAAGGACCCCCAGGACUCCUACAGGCAGCAGUGAAGGAAAAACCCCCUGUGCCCCUCUGUGCUGCCCCUGCCACCCUGCCUUCCCCCUCUCCAGGGAUUCCUGGGUCUGGCUGUGGGAGGAUUUGAGUAAAGAAUAGCUUCUGCCAAGA